AUGGUGGCGUGGCUGCGCGCCGAGCUGGAGCUGCUGGGCGUGCCCUGCGUCGCGACGGACCGGCGCCAGUGCGGCGACGCGCGAGCGCUCGCGGUCGCGCGGGCGGCCAUGGACGUGGCCCUGGUGGGCGUGAUCGUGGUCACGCCGGUGUCGCUGGCCAACCCCUACGCCGUCGAGGAGAUCCGGGUCUUCCUGGAGCGCGGCGCGCUCGUCCCGGUCUUCGUCGGGAUCAGGCAGCGCGACUUCGUCGCGGAGGACGUUGUGGAGAGGCGCAGCAACCUGUGGGAAACGCACGGGGGCGAGCUCUGGAAGGCCUACGAUGGCGUGGAGGACGAGUGGAGGGAGGUCGUGGAGGGGCUCGCCCGCGCCGAGCCCGUGGUGGAGUUGCGCCUCGGUGAUCUCCGGGACCGCGUCCUCGACGUGCUCCAGAUCCUCGGCGCGCGGCUCGGCAGACCGGCGGUGGCCCCGGCCGUCCGGGCGUGGCGUGCCGCGGCGGACGCGGAGAUCCCGUUCCCCUGGAACACGGGCUUCGUUGGACGGGAAAGGGAGCUGCUCGACGUGGAGGCCAUGCUGCGCGGCGGCGCUCCUGCUAAUGACAAGGCCGCCGGGAAGAGGCCGAUGGCCCAGGACGGUUCCAUCACCGGGACGUCGUUCCUACUUGGCGUGGUCUGCAUCUCUGCCGCGUCCGGCGCCGGGAAGACGGAGCUUGUGCUCGAGUUUGCACACAGGCACGCCCACGAGUACAAAAAGGUCCUGUGGGUUCACGGCGAGGCGAGGUACCUGCGCCAGAGCUACCUCAAGCUCGCAGACCACUUGGGCAUCGCCGUCGGCGACAAUGUAUUGCAGACGACGACGACAGAGCGGGCCAGAAGUCUCCAUGGGAUCGAGGGAGUCGCCAUUGAGAAGAUCAAGAAGGAGCUCACCCGCGACAUACCCUACCUCGUCGUCAUCGACAACCUCGAGAGCGAGAGAGACUGGUGGGAUGGCCGGGCCAUUACGGAGCUCCUGCCCCUCGGCGGCGGGCGUACGCACGUCAUCAUCACGACGCGGCUCCCCAGCCUGCAGGGGGUGAGGGUUUUCGAGCUAGGAAACCUCGACGCGCCCAACUCCAUGCAUCUCAUGAAGGGCGCGCGCAUGCUUAGAGAUGAGGACAUGGCCGUACUUACGGACAUCCAAGAGAAGGUGUGCGGCGUGUCUCUAGGCCUCGCCCUCGUCGGCUCGAUACUGUCCGAGAUCGCCGUUAGCCCGGCCGAGCUCCGGGAGAUGAUGAGAGACGCGCCGCACCGGGUGCCGACGUGGUCACCCAAGGACGACGCCACGGUGCGUGACAACCCGGGCCUUGUCCAGCUCCUGGACGCGUGCUUCACGCUCCUGCGCAGGGAGGCCCCCGCCGGGCUCGGCAAGGUAGCCGAGAGGCUGCUCGAGGCAAGCAGCUUCUUGGCGCCGGUGCCGAUCCCGACGGCGAUGCUGAUACACGCUGCCUGCGCCGGGAAGACGCAGUGGAAUCGCUUGACGCGCGAGCUGCGGCGAUGCUUCACCUCGCCGCUGGCGCCACUUGAAACCGGCCGCGUCGAGCAGAACGCGCUGGCGAUGCUGCUGCGCCUUGGGAUCGCCCGGCAGAGCACGCGGGCCGGGUGUGUCUCCGUGCACGGCGUGUUCCGGACCUUCGGCCGCAAGAUCGGGUCCGGCCGAGUCGCCCGUGCAGUCGUGGAGACCAUCGUCGCCGAGCAGGGCGGAGGCGCGGCGCAACACGCCGACGACCACACGUGGGCGGCGUGCCUGUCUCUGUUCAGGUUCGAGGCCCCUGACGUGUCGGUGGAGCUGCCGCCGCCGGAGCUCGCGCGGUUCAUCAGACGCUCCGCGGUACCGCUCGCCGUACGCUGCGUGACUGGGUACUCUGCGUAUGGCGCCGCGCUAGAGCUGCUCCGGGAAGCCACCGACGUCGUCCUCGAGGCCGAGGACUUGUACAUCGGCGCGCCUCGCCUGGUUAACGAUCGCAAGUACGUGGCGAUCGACCCGAAAGUAUACACGAAGCUCGCCCAAGCGAGGGCGGAGCUCCUCGUGAUGCGGGCAAGGAUUAUGCUGAGGGCCGGAGAGCGCGGCAUCGCCGAGGACUACUGCCUGUCGGCGAUUGGCCUCCUAGAGGUAGCCUGCGGCGACUGCCACCCUGAGACGCUGGUGGUCAGGGCUUUCUUGGAGCAGGCCGUGAGGGUUUAG